AUGAUUGGACGACUGCCGCGCGCGGCAGCCGCGAGCAACAUGCCGCGCGCGGCAAACGCCGCGAACCGUGAUUGUGGCUCACCCUCAGAGCUGGGUAAUACAGAACAAGCUAUUCCAGAACAGAGCAUUUCAGAACAAGGCACUUCGGAACAAGGAACUUCAGAACAAGAAACUUCGGAACAAGGCACUCGAGACCAAGAUACAAAUACCAAGAAAUCGUCAAGAAAAGAAAAGCCAGCCAAGAAGAGGACAUACCAAGAGUCAGAGUAUGAUACUGAGAAGCAAAUGAUAGAAGAAGCAUUAGAAGUAAUGCGAAAACAAAAUGACAGUAGAAGUAAUGUUCCUUACGUUGCUUUUGGUAUGCACAUACCAGCCGAACUAAGAAAAUAUGAUGCCACAAUUUUAACGAGAGUUAAACAUUCAAUAAAUACUAUAUUAUACGAAGCAGAUAUGGAACGCCUCAAUCAAUCAUCAAGACAAGAAUAUAACGCUGAAAACAGAAGAGGAUAUUUUACUUCACAGUUUACCGAUCUCGACUCAUCAUCUUCUAGUAACAUGGAUUCUGGCCUUACACAAUUGAUUCACGAUUUGAACACGGAUGUAGAUUAA